UGAUAUAAUAAAGCUAGAAUUUUUCAUUUGCUUGCUGAGAAAAUAUUCGAGGGAAAGGGAUUGAAUCGAAUUCUCUAGAUUUUAAGUUUGUUUAUUUUUCUUUCUUCUAUUUUCUUGCCGGCCAAACACUGGAUGCUGGAUGCGUUUGUUAUUUAUACUACUGCUGGUUGUUUGGCUGUAUCGUUUUUCUUUAGCUCUGGUGAUAAUCCACGAUGGGCAGUGCGAUCAGUGGAUACCUAUGCUGCGCAAUGUGAAAAAUGCUCAAAAUGGAGGGUAAUUGCAACGCAAGAAGAGUACGAGGAAAUAAGAAGCAAAAUCUUCGAGAAUCCCUUUGUUUGUGACAGAAAACCCGGUGUAUCUUGUGAGGAUCCUCCUGACAUCGAAUACAAUGCAACUCGAACUUGGGUCAUUGACAGGCCUGGGAUCCCAAAGACCCCUAUAGGUUUUAAGAGGAGCUUGGUGCUCAGACGAGAUUUCUCUAAAAUGGAUGCUUAUUAUAUCACUCCCACAGGAAAGAAACUAAGAACGAGAAAUGAAAUUGCUGCAUUUUUAGAAGCAAAUCCAAAAUACAAAGAUGUAUCUAUUGAGGACUUCAAUUUCACUUCUCCAAAGGUAAUGGAAGACACUAUACCUGAAGAUGCAAGGAAGGUUAAUGCUAGUGGUAGUGGUAGAAAAGGUAAGGCUUCAAAGGAUGCUGCUUGAGUUGAAACUGAUGUGUCACUAAGUAACUCUAUUAUUGUGUUGUAUUUUUGUGAGUUCGUUCUGACGAGGGUUUUGUGUUCAUUUUGGUUUAAUGUGAGGAAUUUUUUGGGCCACCGCAUUUUGCGAUGAUGGUAGAACUAUGGCAUAGUUGGAAGAAUAGCAUUUCUUUUGUGAUAGGUUGCUGGCUUUCUCGUCAAUUAUGUGAGUAUUUCUCUUUAA